AUAUAGGUAGAUAUACAUACACAAGCACACACAGAUAUAUACGCCGGCUGGUCAUAAAGUAAUUGCUAUAUACAUAUAUAUAUAUAAAUAUACAGACAUAUAGUUACACACAUAUAUAUAUGUGCGUGUUAUUGGUAAAGAUCGGCGUUUAUAGAUAUUGUAGAAAAUAAUAAUAAUAAUAAUAAUAAUGAAGGUACUCACUGAAGAAUCGGAACUAAGUACGCAGUUGGCGAAUGCAGGAACUAAGCUUGUUGUGGUCGAAUUCUUUGCCGAAACCUGUGAGCCUUGCCGAAUUAUUGCUCCAAAAUUCGAAGAGAUGAGCUUGCAAUUCUCAAAUGUUGUCUUCCUUAAGGUCGAUGUUGAAGCUUUACCAGGCUUGGCAGAAGCCAACAAAGUCUUCUCCAUGCCGACCUUCCAGUUUUUCCGGAACAAGGUGAAAAUCGACGAGUUGAAGGGUUGUAACCCAAAGCCACUUAGGGAGAAGAUCAUGAAAUACAGCAGCGGUGAGGAUAGUAUUGAGACUGACCCCAACGUGAAGGGCUAUAUGGAUCUUUAUUCAUUAAUCAACGAGACUUGCUCAGAAUGCCUCAAUGAGUCGGACACAAAUCCGUUUCACAACUGUCUGUUGAAGAAUGGAAGCUACCUAGAAUCUGACUGUGAUGAACAGCUUAUCCUAUUUGUGAGUUUCAACCAACCUGUCCGGUUACACUCGUUCAAAUUGAUGGGACCAUUAGAAAACGGGCCCAAAACUAUAAAACUGUUUAUAAACCAGCCACGGACCCUUGACUUUGACCAGGCUGAAGGCAUGGAACCUGUCCAGUCCCUGAGUAUAGAAGCAUCAGACUUAGAAAAUUGUACGACCAUUCCACUGCGCUAUGUCAAGUUCCAGAAUGUUCAGAACAUCACAAUAUUCAUGAAAGACAAUCAACAGGGAAUGGACACAACACAACUAGAUUACUUGUGUUUUAUAGGAACCCCUGUAUCUUCAACAGAUAUGUCUGAUUUCAAAAGGGUUGCUGGUAAGAAAGGUGAAAGCCAUUAGAA